AGUCUUUUUCUGACACUUUUUUAAAGCUCUUUCGAGCGUCUUCCUCCCCAGGAGUCCAGAUCAAGAAGGAAUCAGCAAAUGUGCUUGAUAUCGGAAAAAGAGGAGGAGCUGGGACGGCAGCAAGCUCUCGGAUCGUGCCCGUACUGCGGCGGCAAAGUGGAAGCGUUGGACGUGGAGAGGCGGUGGAAGCUCUGUUUCAUACCCAUUUGCUUCAUAAUCAAGAGAAAGUAUUUCUGCACUCUAUGCGCCAAGCGCUUGGUCUUGAAUUUCUAGUUUUCUUCAAAACCCUUUUUGUAAGAUUUUCUCUUUUUUCUUCGUGUGUUCAGAAAAUGUGAAAAUGUUAAAGCAUUUUCGAUCAAGAAUGGUGUCUAAAUAAUUACUUCAUCAAAAA